AUGGGCACGGUGCCGUCGGCGCUGAAGCACUGCCUCAGCUACCAGCACCUCCUCAAGGAGCAGCUGUGGAUCGGGGAGCCGGCCGUGCCGCCGCCUGCGGCUCCGCACCCCGGGCAGGAAUCUCAAGCAUCUGGACUGCCUGAGUACAUAAAGAUUGUAGAAGUUGGGCCAAGGGAUGGAUUACAAAAUGAAAAGGUGAUAGUCCCAACUGAUAUAAAAAUUGAGUUAAUCAACCGGCUUUCCAAAACAGGCCUGCCUGCAAUAGAAGUGACCAGUUUUGUUUCAUCCAAAUGGGUGCCUCAGAUGGCAGAUCACAAAGAAGUAAUGAGGGGCAUUGAGCGGCAUCCUGGAGUCCAAUAUCCUGUUCUCACGCCUAAUCUUCAAGGUUUUCAUUCUGCUAUUGCAGCAGGGGCUACAGAAGUCUCAGUAUUUGGUGCAGCAUCUGAAUCUUUUAGCAAAAUGAACGUUAAUUGUUCGAUUGAAGAAAGCAUAGAAAAAUUUGAAGAAGUUGCUAAAUCUGCAAGGAGUAUGAAUAUUCCAGUGCGUGGGUAUGUGUCAUGUGCAUUGGGAUGCCCAUAUGAAGGAAACAUCAUACCAGCUAAAGUGGCAGAAGUAUCUAAGCGGCUGUACAGUAUGGGAUGUUAUGAAAUCUCUCUGGGGGACACAAUUGGUGUGGGGACUCCUGGAAGCAUGAAAAGAAUGUUGGAAGCUGUUAUGAAAGAAAUUCCUCUGAGCGCUCUUGCUGUUCACUGUCAUGACACGUAUGGCCAGGCGUUAGCCAAUAUCCUCACAGCCAUACAGAUGGGAGUUGCUGUAGUGGAUUCAUCGGUUGCAGGACUGGGUGGUUGUCCCUAUGCAAGAGGUGCUACUGGAAAUGUAGCCACAGAGGAUGUGAUAUACAUGCUUAAUGGUCUGGGGAUCAAUACAGGAGUAAAUCUUUAUACAGUGAUGGAAGCUGGAAACUUCAUCUGCACAGCUUUGAACAAGAAAACAAACUCAAAGGUUGCACAAGCUUCCUUCAAUACUGGAACUAUCAAUUAA